AUGUCACAAGUCGAUGAAGUAACUCAAAAUGGCUGGACAGCCGUACCUGUCGACGCGGCAAAAGUUCUGGAUGGACGUCCCUACAUCCACAAGCCAGAAACCAUGCUCGUUGACGACGUCAAGUUCCCAUCAGACGAUCCCAUUGUUUCCAAAGUUUAUGAUUACGCCAAACAGAAACUGCCCGGGCAGACGCUCAAUCAUUCGAUGAGAGUCUUCUACUUUGCAUCGGUGAUCGCGAAGCAGCAGUUCCCUGAACAUGCGGCCGCACUAUCACCAUCCACUCUUGCUCUCGCGAGCUUGCUCCACGACAUUGGGACCGCGCAAGAAAACAUCGACAAAACAAGAAUGUCCUUUGAGUUCUAUGGCGGCAUCAUAGCACUCAACCUCCUUCAAAAAGACUUUGGGGCACCUAAAGACCAGGCCGAGGCUGUUUGCGAGACAAUCAUUCGACACCAGGAUCUCGGCAAAGACGGCACGAUAACUUUCCUCGGACAAAUCAUUCAGCUGGCGACGAUUCUCGACAACGUAGGCGAACAUCCUGAGAUUCCAAACUUUGGGCAAAUUAUCCAUCAAUCAACCAGGGAGGAUGUGAACAGGCGCUUCCCAAGGAACGGCUGGCUCGGCUGCUUCGUGGACACGAUUAGGAAAGAAAUUCAGCUGAAGCCAUGGUGCCAUACCACUCACAUCCCCGAUUUUGACAAGAAGGUCGAGGGAAACACGUUGAUGAGGCCAUACGAAUAG